CAUGCUUUCAGGGAACGGUGGAAUGUCAACGGUGAAGAUGAGCACACAUUGUUGAGUUUUGGGUGCAACAGUGUACCUUCAUUGGGAUAUCAAAAAAGACAGUUUAUAUACAUUAACAUAGAAUAAUGGCUCGGGUAGUGAAAGUGUUUCGGACGUUGAGAAAUCACUGGAAAAAGUCCACAUUUGCUGUGUGUGUGGUGUCAUAUGGAGGACACUGGCUGUAUGGAAAGCACUGUGAUAAUGUGCUGCGACGGGAAGCAUGUAUAGAGGCCAGGGCAUUUGGUCAUCAGUUAAUUGGGCCUCAGGAGCAUUUGAAGAAAGCUACAGUCAUUCUGAAUCCUGCUGCUUGUAGAGGAAAGGCUAAUCAGUUGUUUGAGAAGAACGCAGCUCCUAUUUUACACUUGGCUGGUAUGGAGGUCAAAAUUGUAAAGACGGAUUAUGAAGGCCAGGCAAAAAAGCUCAUGGAAUUAAUGGAUCAGACAGACAUGCUAAUCAUUGCUGGCGGUGAUGGGACAUUACAGGAGGUGAUAACUGGCCUACUGCGCAGAGCUGAUGAGGAGACCUUCAGUAAAAUACCAAUCGGUUUCAUUCCUUUGGGUUCCAGUAACUCUCUGAGUCAGAGUUUGCAUCUGAUUUCUGACAACAAAGUACAGCACAUUACUUCAGCAACCCUGUCAAUACUGAAAGGAGAAACAGUUCCACUGGAUGUUCUGCAGAUAAAAAGUGAGAAGGAGCAGCCAGUGUUUGCUCUUUUAAGCUUACGUUGGGGUGCCUUCAGAGACGUCGCUACUUCUAUUAGCAAAUAUUGGUACCUUGGCCCCUUGAAAACGAGAGCAGCACAUUGGUUUAGUAGCCUUAAGCAAUGGCCACAGACUCACCAAGCCUCCCUCUCCUAUCUGGCUCCUGUACCUCGUCCACCUGACCUUCCCACUGAAAUACCACCCAGGCCAAGCCUCUUCUAUCGCAUCUGCCGCAGACUCAAGAACUAUUGGAACCCUCCUAUACAAGAACCACCGAAAGAGCCUGAGCCAGAGCGAUGGGAAAGCAAAGACAUUUCCACAUCAGAGCUUACAGUUAGCACACACAAUAAGAAUCCUGUCAAGAGACGUGAAGAUGAUUCUAUGGUGAUAACUGUGGACCCAGACUCCCUCACAGUUGGUCAGUUCAUCACUGAGGGAACUAAGAAAGCAUUAAACCCAAUGGAGUCCAUAGAAAAUGCUUUGCAGAUAGAAGCCAGUGCUGCCAGUCUCAAUCUCCCAGAGGAGGGCGCUGGCUUUUAUGACAUUGACAAUGAGGAAUAUGAGGCAAUGUCUGUGGAAGUGAGACUGUUGCCACGGAAACUGAGGUUCUUUUGCAGUUCGGAGCGCAGGGAGCAGCUUGCACAGGCUCAGUGAUGACAGUGCCGUGAUGAUGGUUGUGUAAAAGUGUGGAGAGGAGACUGAGGGACUGCUGACGAAACUGGAAAACAUACCAGUUACACCAAAAAGUGGAGUCGAAUGAACUGAGAGUUGUCAUAAAGGUCACCGUACUCCAACUGAACAAUAUGUGGUCUAUGGGCCUUAAAGGGAUAGUCUACCCAAAAAUGGAAAUUCUGUCAUUAAUAACCCUCAUGUUGUUUCAAACUUGUAAGGACAUUCAUCUUUGGAACACAAAUUAAGAAAUUUUUUAAGAAAUCCGACCCUGCAUAGACAGCAACGCACUGACAUGUUCAAGGCCCAGAAAGGUAGUAAGGACAAUGUUAAAAUAGUCCAUGCGACAUCAGUGGUUCAACCUUAAUUUUAUGAAGCUACGAGAAUACUUUUUGUACGCAAAGAAAACAAAUGUCACAUGGACUAUUUUAACAAUGUCUUUGCUACCUUACUUGGCCUUGAAAAUAUAUUAAUUUCUGUUCUAAAGAUGAACAAAGGUCUUACAAGCUUGAAACGACAUCAGGGUGAGUAAUUAAUGACAGAAUUUUCAUUUUUGGGUGAACUAUCCCUUUAAUGAACAGGUAGUUAAAUAGUUUUUAACAACAGGGCUGAUGUAAUUAACUUAUUACAGGCAUAAAGUACAGACUGAUUUACUUUUUUUUUUUUU